AUGCGGGCUGGCGUCCGCCGGGGCCCCGGGGGGCUACGGGCACUGCUCGCGGCGCUCGGGGCGGUGGCGCUGGCGCUGGCGCUCGGGGCGUCCGCCUAUAACCUGGCCCCGGAGCACGCCGUGCUCUACCAGGGGCCCGCCGGCUCCUUCUUCGGCUACGCGGUGCUGGAGCACUUCUAUGACAACACCCGCUGGGUCCUUGUCGGUGCUCCGAAGGCAGAUUCGAAGUACAGUACUUCCGUGAAGUCCCCUGGGGCGGUUUUUAAAUGCCGGGUCCACACUAACCCAGACCGGAGGUGCACAGAACUGGACAUGGUUCGAGGAAAGAGUCGAGGCACGUCUUGUGGAAAGACUUGCAAAGAAGACAGGGACGAGGAGUGGAUGGGGGUCAGCCUCGCGCGGCAGCCCAAAGCUGACGGCCAAGUGCUGGCCUGUGCACAUCGCUGGAAAAACAUCUACUAUGAGACAGAUCACAUCCUUCCGCAUGGCUUCUGCUACAUCAUCCCGGCCAACCUCCAGGCUAAAGGCCGGACCCUGAUCCCGUGCUAUGAAGAGUAUAAGAAGAAAUAUGGGGAGGAACAUGGCUCGUGCCAGGCUGGGAUAGCGGGCUUCUUCACUGGUGAGCUGGUCGUGAUGGGAGCACCGGGUUCUUUUUACUGGGCGGGGACAGUCAAGGUCCUGAACCUCACAGACAACAUGUCCUUCAAGCUGAACGAUGAGGCCAUCAUGAACCGGCGCUACACCUACCUGGGAUACGCGGUGACCGCCGGUCAUUUUGUGCAGCCGUCCUCCACUGAAGUGGUAGGGGGAGCACCUCAGGAUGAAGGCAUCGGAAAGGUUUACAUUUUCAGAGCUGACCGAAGAUCAGGCUCCUUAAUUAAGAUCUUUCAGGCAUCUGGCAAGAAGAUGGGCUCUUACUUUGGCUCCUCCUUAUGUGCAGUUGACCUGAAUGCGGACGGCCUCUCGGACCUGCUGGUCGGCGCGCCCAUGUUCUCUGAGGUCAGGGAUGAGGGUCAAGUCACCGUCUACAUCAACAGAGGAAAUGGGGCCCUGGAGGAGCAGCUGGUCCUGGAUGGUGACCGUGUCUACAAUGCCCACUUUGGGGAGAGCAUCGCUGCGCUGGGGGACAUGGAUGACGACGGGUUCCCAGAUGUCGCCAUCGGGGCACCUAAAGAAAAUGACUUUGUGGGAGCUGUGUACAUCUACCACGGAGAUGCUGACGGGAUCGUGGCCAAGUAUUCCAUGAAACUGUCCGGACAGCAGAUAAACCCAAUGCUGCGGAUGUUUGGGCAGUCGAUCUCCGGAGGCAUCGAUAUGGAUGGAAAUGGUUAUCCAGAUGUCACCAUUGGAGCCUUCAUGUCGGACCAUGUAGUGCUGCUGAGGGCCAGACCCGUCAUCACAGUGGACGUCUCCAUCUUCCUCCCAGCCUCCAUCAACAUCACGGCGCCCCAGUGCUAUGAUGGCCAGCAGCCGGUGAACUGCCUCAAUGUCACUGCCUGCUUCCGUUUCCGAGGCAGGCAUGUGCCAGGAGAAAUCGGCUUGAAUUAUGUCUUGACGGCAGAUGUGACCAAAAAGGAGAAGGGUCAACAGCCUCGGGUGUACUUCAUGUCUCUUGGAGAAACGAUGGGGCAGGUCUCUGAGAAGAUGCAGCUUUCCUACAUGGAGGAGAAAUGUGAACACUACCAAGCCCAUGUGAAGCGGAGGGUCAAAGACGUCAUCAGUCCAAUUGUGUUUGAAGCCGCCUACAGCCUUGGUGACCAUGUGAUUGAAAGAGAGGAGAAGGAGCUGCCUCCUCUUACACCCAUUCUUCGAUGGAAAAAAGGACAGAAGAUUGCUCAGAAGAACCAGACUGUUUUUGAGAGAAAUUGUCACUCGGAAGACUGCGCCGCCGAUCUGAAGCUUCAGGGCCGACUGCUGCUCUCUGGCGUCGAUGCAGAAACACCAUACCUGGCCCUGGGAGCCGUAAAGAAUCUUUCUCUUAACAUUUCCAUUUCCAACCUGGGGGAUGAUGCCUACGAUGCCAAUGUUUCCUUCAAUGUUUCUCGAGAGCUGUUUUUCAUCAACAUGUGGCAAAAGGAGGAGAUGGGCAUUUCUUGUGAAUUGCCGGAGUCUGACUUCCUCAAAUGCAGUGUGGGAUUUCCUUUCAUGAGGUCGAAGACCAAGUAUGAGUUCAGCAUGAUCUUUGACACCAGCCACCUGUCUGGGGAGGAGGAAAUUCUGAAAUUCCUUGUGACUGCUCAAAGUGGCAACGUAGAACGCUCCGACUCCCUCCAUGACAACACCCUCAUUCUGUCCGUGCCUCUGGUGCAUGAAGUAGACACGUCCAUCACUGGAAUCGUGUCCCCCACCUCCUUCAUGUAUGGUGAAUCCAUUGAGACGUCCAACUUCAUCCACCUGGAGGACUGGGAGUGCCAGUAUCAGCCUCUCAACAUCACCCUGCAGGUUUAUAACACUGGACCAAGCAUGCUCCCUGGCUCAUCGGUCAGCUUCUGGAUCCCCGACCGGCUUUCUGCAGGAGAUGUCGAGAUGUUUCUCAUCCAGGAGGUGAUGGUUGGUCAAGAGAAAGGAAACUGCUCUUUUCAAAAGAAUCCAACCCCAUGCAUUAUCCCUCAAGAACAGGAAAACAUUUUUCACACAAUAUUUGCAUUUUUCACCAAGUCUGGACGAAAAGGACUGGACUGUAACAGAGCUGGCACCCCAUGCCUAAGCAUCCAGUGCAACCUGAGCACGCUGGCCAAAGAGGAGAGCCGCAGCAUUGACCUUUACGUGCUCCUGAACACAGAGAUAUUGAAGAAGGUUUGGGUUCCAGAUCAAUCUGGCCAUGGACAAGAAUGUAUUAAGGGACAGACUCUGUCCUCGGUGCUGGGGAAACAAAGAGAAAUUAAACAGUCCCUGUCCAGCCUUACCUAUUACUCCUCUGAAUAG